AUGGCUAGUUCAGACGGCGAGUCAGAGCAACGCUCAAGAAGAAAGAGCAGAAAGCCCGGAAGUAUAGCUACCCAGACAGCCUGUGAAACUACGCAAAGGCUGACUGCGAGAUCACAGAUACUGCUUUCAAACAACAGCGCUUGAAAGCUUGGCAGUAAGUUUCUACAUAUCCGGUAACAAACAAAUAACCCUCAGGCUUGCUAAGCUCGAAUGCCCCGUUUCCAGACCAAUUCUCACACCGCGAACUGUUCUUCCUCUCCUCUUCGCGCUCGGUAUCGUACUUGGACCAAUCGGAGGCCUCAUGAUAUGGGGCAGCUCCAAGAUACAAGAAAUCUCCAUCGACUACACCAAUUGCCCAGAAGCGACUGGCAAGCUCAAAGACAUCCCUUCGGAACAUGUCCACACACACUUCAGUUCACCUGUGAACGAUCGAGCAAAAUGGAUAUUCUCGAGUAACAGUACUAGUGAUGAUACACAAAAGACCUGCACUCUACAUUUCAGCUUGCCAAAUAAACUUGAGCCUCCAGUAUUCUUCUACUAUCGACUAACGAAUUUCUACCAAAACCACCGACGCUACGUAAAAUCCUUAGACGAGAAGCAAUUGAAGGGCGAUUUCCGAUCGAAAGGUGCCCUAGCUACCUGUGCGCCGCUUGACGCAAAUUCCGAAGGGAAACCUUAUUAUCCAUGCGGAUUGAUUGCAAAUUCCAUGUUCAACGACACCUUCGAACAACCUGUUCUCCUCAACACACGAGAUGGUAGCGGCAAAGAUAACGAAACCUAUCACAUGACAAACAAAGGGAUAUCAUGGAGUUCAGAUAAGGGGAGGUACGGAGCAACCAAAUAUAAACCUGAUGAGGUUGUGCCGCCGCCGAACUGGGUUAAGAGAUACGGCGAAACAUAUACCAACGAAACACUUCCCAACUUGCACGAUAUGGAAGAGUUCCAAGUUUGGAUGAGAACUGCAGGUUUCCCGAUGUUCAACAAGCUUGCGAUGAAGAACGACUCUGCGCCUAUGAAGAGCGGGACCUAUGAGGUGCAAAUCGCCUAUAACUUUCCGUCCUCUGAGUACUCCGGCACCAAGUCUAUUGUCAUCUCGACAUCCAGCGUCCUUGGUGGGAGAAACCCAUGGUUGGGUAUAACUUAUGUGCUCGUUUCGGGUCUCUGCGUGGUCCUCGGUGCAUUCUUCACCAUCAGCCACUUGUACAAGCCCAGGAAAUUGGGGGAUCACACUCAUCUGACAUUCGAUACAGAACCGACUCCAGCUCCUGCCCAAGCAACUGCUUCCGGGAGAGCUAUAUAAAGGAUAUGGGCCUUCUUUUUUUUCGUUCGUUCCCCCUUUUUCUCUCCGUACCCGUUUUGUUGGCGGAAAUCAACAAAAGGAACAGUGGACGAAUGUAGUUUCUCAAGGUUCUCUUAUGUUUGGGCGUUCGUUUGGGUCUUUUCAUUGAUUGCGUCACGGUGUAUUUCUUGAAUGAUUCUUUGUAAACUCAUGAAGCUAUUCUGACCUUUUUUUUCUUGGACCUAUUUCCAUCUAUAACGAAAUCUUAUGUAUUUCCCAGCGUAGUUACUAGUUUAAAGGAG